AUGGAAUUGUUCCAAGAACGAACACGUAAAGAACUUCCAGUUUCGUCAUCAUUUACGUACGUUCAGGAAAAUGAAAUUGCUGAUCAGUUGUUUAAUGUAUUCGAGUCAAUAUGGGCAAUCACGUCAUACAAUGAAGAAAAUGAAAUUCAGGAAUGCGAGAUAGAUUUGGACUACGAAGCAAAAGACGAAGAAAGUCCGGUGCUCGAAUCAUUUUCUUUGUCAUAUAUGAAGCGAGCGCUUGAUUAUUAUGAUGCAAUUAAUCCGAAAACAGGAAAACUAUCUCAUACAUGGAGAAAUGUUCAGAACAAAUUUAAAACGAUCAAAGAUCAAUCGUAUAAGUCCCGCUUCCGAGACUAUACUGAGAAAGGGCGAACGAAGAAACAAAAGGUGGAUUCAGCCGACGACUACGUUUAUAACAACUUCGAGCGUGCUCGGGAUCUCCUUUGUGCAGUACAUGAUAUUGAUUUAAAAAGAUGGGCUGUACGAAGAGCAAAGAUGAUGUCAUUGCAUGGUUUCGUGAUGUCAGAUCAUCGGAUCUUGAAUUUUAAACACGAACACAAUAUUUGCUCGACGAAAAUUAUAAAGGUAGUAACAAAGCGUGAUAUUGUCAAUGAAGCUGAAAUUAAAAAAUCAGCUGAUCAAUUUGUUUCUGAAGUUAAAUCACUGUUACCUUAUUAUAAUGAAGAUUUCGUAUUGAAUACAGAUCGAGCAGGACUUCAGCUUGAGUUUCCCUCAACUCGAACUCUCUCAUAUCAAGGAGAAAAGACAACACUUGCCACCGUACGUUCAGUAAAUGCAACUACUCAUAGUUAUACGGUUCAACCGACGAUCACCUUGAGUGGUAAGAUCUUCGGCCCUGUUUAUAUAUGUCUCAAAGAAGUAAAUGGUCGCAUGAGCGAUAAUAUUAAAGCAAAUCUUCCGCAGUUGAAGAAUGUUGUUGUUACAUGCAGCGCAUCAGGAAAAUUAACUACGUCAUUAGUUGAAUAUUGGCGUAAGGAGUGUCUUAUUCCAUCACUGACAUCACAGUCUGUAUUACUUCUUUCCGAUAGUUGGCCUGGACAGACAUCUGGAAAAGGCAUUUAUGAAUCAAUUAAAGGACUUAAGCGACUAGAAAUUCCAUGGAAAACAACAUCUACCAUUCAGCCGCUGGACGUCUUCUUUAAUAGACAAUGGAAAGUGAUCGUUCGUAGGGGUUCACGAGCGUGUUCCUCUUGA